AUGUCGGGGGUCAAGAAGCCGAGGACGGAGAACCAGCACAAAUCUACCAAUGUCAUCUAUCAGGCUCACCACGUGAGCAGGAAUAAGAGAGGGCAGGUAGUUGGAACAAGGGGCGGAUUCCGAGGAUGUACCGUGUGGCUGACAGGUCUCUCCGGGGCUGGGAAGACGACGAUCAGCUUUGCUCUGGAGGAGUACCUGGUCUCCCACGGCAUCCCCUGCUACUCCCUGGACGGGGACAACGUCCGUCACGGCCUUAACAAGAACCUGGGCUUCUCCCCGGGGGACAGGGAGGAAAACAUCCGCCGGAUUGCCGAGGUGGCCAAGCUCUUUGCCGACGCUGGCCUGGUCUGCAUCACCAGCUUCAUUUCUCCUUUCACCAAGGAUCGCGAGAAUGCCCGCAAAAUCCAUGAACUGGCCGGACUGCCCUUCUUUGAAAUAUUUAUAGAUGCGCCUCUAAACAUUUGUGAAAGCCGAGAUGUCAAAGGCCUCUACAAGAAAGCCCGAGCCGGGGAGAUCAAAGGAUUCACGGGCAUCGAUUCUGAUUAUGAGAAACCUGAGACGCCUGAGCUGGUGCUUAAAACUGACUCGUCCUCCGUGAGCGACUGUGUCCAGCAGGUGGUGGAGCUUCUGCAAGAGCAGAGCAUUGUACCCCACACUGUCAUCAAUGGCAUCCAUGAGCUCUUCGUGCCGGAAAACAAACUAGACCAAGUCCGAGCUGAGGCGGAAGCUCUCCCAUCCCUGCCAAUUACCAAGCUGGACCUUCAAUGGGUCCAAGUUCUGAGUGAAGGCUGGGCCGCUCCCCUCAAAGGUUUUAUGCGGGAGAAGGAAUACUUGCAGGUUAUACACUUCGGCACCCUGCUAAAUGAUGGCGUGAUCAACCUGAGCAUUCCCAUCGUGCUGCCCGUGUCUGUGGACGACAAGACGCGGCUGGAAGGCUGCAGCAAGAUUGCCCUCACGCACGGCGGGCGGAGGGUGGCCGUCUUGCAGGACCCCGAAUUCUACGAACAUAGAAAAGAGGAGCGUUGCGCCCGGGUGUGGGGGACCACGUGUGCCAAACAUCCCCAUAUCAAAAUGGUGAUGGAAAGCGGGGAUUGGCUGGUUGGUGGAGACCUUCAGGUGCUGGAGAGAAUAAAGUGGAACGAUGGGCUGGACCAGUACCGCCUGACACCUCUGGAGCUCAAGCAGAAAUGUAGAGAGAUGAAUGCUGAUGCGGUGUUUGCCUUCCAGUUGCGCAAUCCUGUGCACAAUGGCCACGCUCUGUUGAUGCAGGACACCCGCCGCCGCCUCCUCCAGAGAGACUACAAGCACCCGGUCCUCCUGCUCCACCCUCUGGGCGGCUGGACCAAGGAUGACGACGUGCCCCUGGACUGGCGGAUGAAGCAGCACGCCGCUGUGCUCGAGGAAGGGGUCCUGGAUCCCAAGUCAACCAUCGUCGCCAUCUUCCCAUCUCCCAUGCUGUAUGCUGGCCCCACAGAGGUCCAGUGGCACUGCCGGGCCCGGAUGAUUGCGGGGGCCAACUUCUACAUUGUGGGCCGGGACCCUGCAGGAAUGCCCCACCCCGAGACCAAGAAAGACCUGUAUGAACCCACUCACGGGGGCAAGGUACUGAGCAUGGCCCCUGGCCUCACCUCUGUGGAAAUCAUUCCAUUCCGCGUGGCUGCCUACAACAAAGCCAAAAAAGCCAUGGACUUCUAUGAUCCCAAAAGGCACAACGAGUUCGACUUCAUCUCAGGAACCCGCAUGAGGAAGCUGGCCCGGGAAGGAGAGAAUCCCCCAGACGGCUUCAUGGCCCCCAAAGCUUGGAAAGUCCUGACAGAUUAUUACCGGUCCCUGGAGAAGAGCAGCUAA